AUGAAACAAGCUCAAAUGUGGACGUAUAUUUUUGUGAUGUUUUUAACUCUGCAGCAAUGCUCCGCUUGCAGAUGGCUCGGCCGAUACAUGAUGGUGAGCGCCGAUUCUCUGAAUCUGCUUAGGGAAAUGGGUGGACAAUAUCCUGAGGAUAUCAAGGUGCCAUUUCCAGGGACCCUGUACAACUUGAUAGGCGAUGCUAAGGUGGAGGACCAGGUGAAGUUUCUUGUCUUGACCUUAGAUCAUAUCAUCAAACUCAUGGAUGGCACAGGGCACAUGAAUUCAGUGCAAUGGAAACCAAAGACAGUGGAAUAUUUCCUAAAAGACCUGCACAGGCAGUCAUCUGAGCUUAAAGAAUGUGUGGCCCAAUACCAAAAGCCAUCACAUAAGGAGUCGUACGAGAAAAGGAUAAAAAGGCACUUCAGGACUUUAAAGAGGAUUUUAAAGAAAGAAAAAUAUAGUGCUCACGCAUGGGAGCAGAUCCGGAGAGCUGUGAGAACCCACCUUCAGAGGAUGGACAUCAUUGCAAACAACACAAAGUCCCUGCUAAAAGUUUAACAGACAAUCAAUGACAGAAAAAGACCUAAUGACAAAAAAAAAAAGGUCUGACUUGUGACACAUUCCAUAGAACAAAAAGGUUGCUGCAAACAAUGCCUUACAAACAAAAACUGAAGAAAAAAAAACUCAAUGUUACAAAUGUAUUUGUGUAUUCAGAUGUUUGUAUUU